AUGUUGUCCAUUGAGGAAAUACUGGCUUUCGCCGAGCCCAACGCUGAGUUCACAGAGCUCCAACGGAAAAGCCCAAUCAAGGUCGGCGCAUGGAACAAGGACACAGACAUCAAACAGAUCCGAGGUAUCAUGGCCAAGGUCCUCGAGGCCAAGCUCGCCGCUAAACCCGACCCUUCUACUCUGUCCUACGUAGAAGAAGACGUCCACAUCACCGUGAGAGAUGGGGCGUCGAUUGCCGUUCGCAUCCACAAACCUAGAGUCGUCGCCGAUGAUGGCUGCCCGGUUCUGGUGGCGUUCCACGGUGGCGGGUUCGUCAUUGGCGAUUUGGAGGGCGUAGGACCCCUCUGCCAGCUCUUUACAACACUCGGUGGCAUUGCGGUGAAUGUGGACUAUCGUUUGGCUCCAGAGCACCCUUUUCCUGUCCCCGUGCAGGAUUGCUUCGAUGUUGUGAAAUGGACCGUCGAUAACGCGAAAUCCCUUGGAAUCAACCUAUCAAAAGGCUUUCUCGUCGGCGGCGAGAGCGCAGGCGCCGACUUGGCGUUGGGUGUAACUCGCCUUAGGCUCGACGAGAAACAGGCGCCAAAGCUGACGGGCAUAUUCUCGUCCAUUUCCGGAGCUGUCACCGAAGACACCGUUCCCGAAACGUGCCGAGACCGUUUCUUGAGCCUGAAACAGAAUGCCAGUGCCCCAGUUGUGACUGCAGACUCGAUUGAGUUCAUCAGAGGUGAGAACCAUUAA